AUACUGUGGCAGUGGCACAGCACAGAAGAGUAAAGAAAAGUUGGUUAUGUUUCUGACUCUGACUUACUGUACUGUGUUUAUCAACGAAAUUGAUCUGAAAUUGAAUAGUUUACUCAUUUAAAUUAAAUCAGUUGAAUCUUUUCUUUUAAUAUAAACGUAUCAUAACGUACAACCAUUGAUUAUUCACUUAUUUAAAGGGUACAAAAGUAGAUUAUACCUAAGUUAUUUGGUACUGCAAUUAAUAAGCUUAUGAAUUCACGUUUCUGUUCAACGUACAGAUCUGCAUUUACUUUUCAUUUAUCAAAUUCAAUAGAAAGUGUGGAAAGUUCAUGGUUUUUAUUUAUUAUUGAAAUGAGAUAAGAUUUUUCAAUUCAAAAUGGAGAGCGGCGCUCCUUUAUUUGCUGGAAUGACGUUUUUGGCAAUGCGUCACUCUGGUGAACUAUGUGGCAGUAAUGGCCUUCCUUUGACUCCGAAUUCCAUCACAAUCUACGGCCGAGCACAGAUGCUAAAAAAGCUUGAACAUCCCAAUCUCUGCUCUUAUCUGGAUAUCAUAAGAGGAAAACAUGAAAGAACUAUUGUUGUAAGCGAGUAUCACCGGAAAACAUUGAAACAUAUGAAGAAUCUGAAUGUUGGACAAGCAAUUGGAAUUGCGAAAAGUAUAUUAGAUGCUUUAUCAUACCUCAAUUCUCACAGAAUCGUCCACCGCUGCCUUAGUCCUGAGAACAUUCACGUAGAUUUCGAUGGUAAUAUCAAACUCCUCAAUUACGGAUUGUAUUACAUGACUGGUGGCGGAGCAGACGUUUCAUUUCCCAUUGGAUCACCCAAAUACACCGCACCCGAAGUAUUUCUCAUGUCCAAUUCGAAACAAAAAUCGUGCCAAUCUGGCCCCAAAGUCGACAUUUGGUCAUUGGGUAUGAUCAUGGUUGAUAUUCUUCUUGGAUGCAGUCUUUGGUCAGAUUUGAAACUGGGACAAUGCUUGAGAAAAGUGCUUUCACUAUUGCAUUGUGAUGGAAGUGUAUUUGAAAGACUUGCUAGAGAAGCUGACAGAAUGGAUGUCUAUCAGGGUCUUGAUGACGUGGUUAAAGAUUUUGUAAAUUUAUGUCUUACAAAAAAUCCUAGAAAUCGUCCAACAGCUAUGCAGCUUAUUGACCAUCCUCUAUUUCUAGAAAAUUAUGAGAAAUUGGAUUCAAACAUGGAUGAUGCCUCUAUGGAUUCGUUUCAAUCGUGGAAGAAGAAUAGAUUGAGUGAAAGAUCAUUAUCAGAGCUGUACUGCAUGUGGCGCCUAGCUGGAGGUGACGUUCCUGGUGAAAUGAAGAAACAGGGACUAAUCAGAAACAAAGCACCCAUUCUAUCGCUUCCAAACCUUGUUCUGCUGGAGGGAACAUCAUUCGGACAAUGUCGAGAUCAAGCAAUGUUGUUGGAUCUGAGAUUAGUUGCCUUACCUAUGAGUUCUCUUGUGCAGAGACUGAAUCACCUUCCCGUCACUGCUUUUUAUCCUUUGAUUGAAGUCAAAUCAGAUAUAAUUGGUGUUGAUGAACAAAGCGAUGCUGAAUCCCUUCCUCUGGUGAUUCGAGAGCGCGACACCGAAUACCAGUUCCGGAGGAUAGUUCUCUACGACAGUCUGUUGAAGGGUUAUCCUUACAAGAGACCUGCAAUACUGAAAGAAGCCCACAAAGAUAUUCCUCCUUUCUUCAGAGGCAGGUUGUGGGCCGCUCUGCUGGAUAUUAGAGGGGACAUCGAGAGCAAAUAUAUUUCUGUUGAUAAAGAAACACCCACAGACACCGAUCGACAGAUCGAGGUCGAUAUCCCACGGUGUCACCAGUACAACGAACUACUAUCAUCCUGUGAAGGACAUAAUAAAUUCAAGCGUGUUUUAAAAACAUGGGUCGUCAGUCACCCUCAGUACGUUUACUGGCAAGGACUUGAUUCACUGUGUGCUCCAUUCCUGUUUCUAAACUUCAAUGAUGAAGCCCGAGCAUAUGCGUGCUUGUCAGCGUUUGUUCCCAAAUAUCUGCAUAACUUUUUCCUGAAGGAUAACUCUGCCGUGAUCAGAGAAUACCUAGCCAAAUUCUCCCACUUGAUAGCAUUCCAUGAUCCUGUGCUCGCUAAUCAUCUCCAUGACAUCAAUUUUGUUCCGGAGCUGUUUGCAAUCCCUUGGUUCCUGACGAUGUUCUCUCACGUUUUUCCGCUGCAUAAGAUCUUCCAUCUGUGGGACAAGCUGUUGUUGGGCGAUGCCUCGUUCCCUUUGUACGUGGGUCUGGCGAUUCUGCAGCAGCUGAGGGACACUCUGCUUCCGUCCGGCUUCAACGAGUGCAUCCUCCUGUUCUCCGACCUGCCAGAGGUCGAUAUAGAAAAGUGUGUGAACACGUCGAUCGAGCUCUACUGUAAUACUCCUCGCAGCAUAACCUAUCGAAGCCAUGAGCUGCCCUGCAAACAGCGGGCUGUUGACUUGGACCCGAAUCUGGAAAUGAGUCCUCUGACGGUCGCCCAGUUGCAGAACGAGUUCAGUCCCCGGAUCAGUGGCACCGACCUCCUUCAACUGCUCAACUCCAAAGCCACUCGUCCCAAAGUACUGAUUAUCGAUGUGAGGGAUCACGACCUCUAUAAGGAAGGAGCCAUCAUGUGCAGCAUCAACAUUCCUCUCGGCUUCAUCGAUUUCGAAACCGAGGAUUACGAUUCAGCCAUACCAUCUUGCCCAGAGCUCAGUGUUCUUUGUAAUUUCAAGGGUAAAAUAAUCAUUUUAGCAGGAGAUGAUCCAGCUGAAACUGCUAAAUUUUGUCGAGUAUUAGUUAGACGCAAUUUCUCUCAUGUUUGUUGCCUUCAUAACAGUAUUGAUGCUCUCAAGGGAAAGGGGAUAAUAGGUCCUGUUUUAAUAUAAUUGAAUCUUGAUAUUCAUACUGUUGAACAGUAAUUUAUAGAUCAAAAUUAUGUAAUGUCUACAUAAUUAUGUACCCUACUUACUGUAUAUUAUUGAUUUUAAAAAGAUCUACAUUCAUAAUACAUAUUGUAUAUUAUUCAUUUAUUCCAUAUUGUAAAAUACAACAUUUAUAUUUACUAUUAUAUUCCAUAUAGUAUUUAUACAGGUCUCAAUCUAAUAUUUUAAGUAGGAUUUUUUAUUGAAGAUUCUAUGUGAUACCGUAAUCGUAUUUGUUGUAUGAUUUAUGUACAAAAAUGAUACAAUUAUAAAUAAAUAAAUACUGCAGAAGAAUACUCAUUAAAAAUGUUAUAUUAAUAUUUGUUGUUUUUUAUGACACCUUUAGACAUCUAUGGGAUGUAAGAUGGAUGACCAGAUGGAUGUAAGAUGGGUGGUGCAUAGACCUGCGAAUUUUGAUGGGUUCUGAACCAUUAGAUCAUUAUAAAUCCCCUCUUAGUGAGAGUCUUAUGUUAAAUUUUUGAAAUUGACUAGCAAGGCCA